AUGCAUCUCACACUCCCCCUUACCCUCACCCUCCUCCCCUUCACAACGGCUGCCAAAGCCCCCAAAAACGCAAUCCUCCUCUCCGACGUCAAAUCCCUCACCCUCCGCGGCCACGGCGCCCUCACCACCCACCGCCGCGUCCCCGCCGCGCCCCAGCUCAAGUGCGUCUCCCGCAAGGCCCUCUGCGACCUCGUCGCCGACGACAUCGACGUCAUGCGCUGCACCAACCAAGGGUCCGGCUACGCCCCCGACGACGUCCAGUGGUCCUGCGUCGCCUCCCUCCCCGAGGAGCUCAAGCUCGGCUCCACCGACGUCGUCUGCGAGGGCUACGACUCCCGCGACGACCCCUACGUGCUGAGGGGCAGCUGCGGCGUCGAGUACAGGCUCGCGCUGACCGACAAGGGCGAGCGGAGGUAUCCCGACCUCGGUAGGGGAGGAGGGGGAGGGGAUGGAGGGACGGACUUGGGGGGUGUGUUGUUCGCGAUUUUAUUUUUCGCUGUGCUCGGGUGGAUCGUGUACUCGGCGUGCGUGGCUGGCGCGGAGAAUCGGAGGGCCGGAGGUCCUCGACGUCGCGGGGGAGGCGGUGGCGGUGGUGGUUACGGAGGUGGUGGAGGCGGAGGCGGAUGGAACCCCGGCUUCGGCCCGGACAACAACGACCCGCCACCGCCGUACCCGGGCACGAAGCCCUCGGGGUCGCAGAGUGGUGGUCAGCAGGGAUGGAGGCCCGGUUUCUGGACGGGAGCGGCGGCUGCCGGUGCCGCUGGGUACGGGGCGGGCCUGUAUCAAGGACGGAACAACAACAGGAACCAAGGCUACGGCUCGGGCUGGGGAAACGACAGCAGUAGCAACUGGGGAGCCGGUCCUUCGCGGUCGUCGUCUUCCAGCUCAUCGGCGCGUCAGGAGAGUACCGGUUUUGGGUCCACGAGCAGAAGGUAG